GGUUUGGUGUACAAAAAGGGCAAAUUCUCUGCGAUCGAGGAACAGCAGUUAGAAGAGGCGAUAGAGAGAUAUAGGGCUGAGAAAGGAAUGUCUGAAGAAGACUUGAUGAGAAUCAUCUGGCCGGACGAUAAAAAGUCAAAAGAUCAGGCGUUCUGGUCUGAAAUUACGCUGGCGGUCCCUAUGCGUCCUAUCAUCGGUGUAUAUCACCACGUCCGUCGGACGCGUCAUCCUCUCAAACUUCAAGGCAAGUGGGUGAAGAGCGAGGACGAGCUGCUUGAGUCAGCGGUCCUCGAGCUCGGCCCUAAAUGGGAGAAGGUCAGCGCAAGGGUGGGCCGAAUGGCUCAGGACUGUCGUGAUCGAUAUCGAAAUCAUAUACAGAACCGUUCCGAACGGAAUGCCGCAUGGAGCAAGGCGGAAGAAGCCCAGCUCACUGAAAUUGUGAAGGAUAUGACCGUGAAUCAGGGAAAGGAUACCGAAAACGACGUGUUUUGGGGUGUUGUGAGCGAGAAGAUGGGGAACAAGAGAGGAAGACAACAAUGUCGGAUUAAAUGGUUGGAUUCGUUGAAUCGAUCGUUCAAGACGCAGGGCCAUAAACCACGGUGGGGCCUACAAGAUUCCUUCAUCUUGGUGCAUAAAGUGAACUCCCUGAACGUCCGGGAUGAUACGGAGAUCGACUGGAAGACCCUCCCGGACUCGAACUGGAACUUCUUCAGCCCUCAUAACCUCCAACGACGCUGGCACACCAUGAGACAUAGCAUCAAGGGACAUGAGAACAUGACGCAUGCUGAAAUCAUGGACAUACUACUCGUCAAGAAUACCCACCUGCCGCCUGAGUCGAGUUGUCGCCCGAGACAAAUCAAGCAGUUCACGAGUGCCGAGGCCGUGGCUGAUUCAGACGAUGAGGGGGAUGGUGUAGAUGCAGGCUCGGCGGCGGCUGUAACGGCGAAUAAUUCGGAGGGUGCUCGUCAGGAUAGUCCGUCUUCGUCGUCGAGUUCGGAUGAUGAUUCUGAAGAGUGA